AAAACCAGUGGAGAGCGUGAGUCGUUUCAGUUAUCCACAAAUUUCGACAAUAUUAAUGCGUUUCUUUUGCUAUCUCCCAAGAAACAAAGCAAGCAGAAAACAAGAUCAUAGUCUAUGCUAUAAAAUUAUUACAUCACAUAGUUGAAAUAUUUGUGACAGACAGUCCGAGUUUUGUGGUGGGAUCACAACGGUUUUUAACAGAAAUAUAACCUACUUUCUUGGCUUUCUUGGAGAGGGUUUUUCCUCUUGUUCCUUGUCAUUUGUAGUAUCUGUAUAUCUUCUUUCCUCCUGCGGGAAAGAUCAAUUGUUGUUUGUCCAUAAAGUUUCAUAAAAAACAAGUGUUUCUUUGUUGGUUUUCACCAUGCAAAUCAAGAAGCUGGUGUCUUUGCCUUCUCGUACAGGGCGGCAUUUGCAGAGGUAUAAUCAGGGAUUUCGACAGGUUGUCGGAUGUAUUCCAUAUAGAAUUAGGGAAACAAACAAGUCUUCUUAUGGGAUUUUGAUUGAAGAUUUGGAGGUCCUUUUGAUCACCUCUCAAAAGAGUCCAAGAAUGAUGUUCCCAAAGGGUGGUUGGGAACUUGAUGAGAAUAUCGAAUUGGCGGCCUCAAGGGAGACGUUGGAGGAAGCCGGUGUGGUCGGCUUGCUCGGGGAAAAAUUAGGUGAAUGGAUUUUCAAGAGCAAAAGCCAAGAAAAGUUCCAUGAGGGAUCCAUGUUCCCCUUGUUGGUUACCGAGGAAUUAGAUGUUUGGCCUGAGAAAAACGUCCGUCAAAGAAUUUGGAUGACGAUUAAUGAAGCUAGAGAAGCAUGUUCGCAGUUGUGGAUGAAGGAAGCUUUGGAGGCAUUUGUAGGUCAGUUCACGCCUCGGCCAAGAUUGGAGGAAGAACAACUAGCGACAUCUUGUAGAUUAGCGUUGUGUAGGGCGGAAGAAAUAAGGCUUAGCAUCGGAUCUCAAACUGUUGAUGAGGAUGUUGAUCGCUAUUUGAUUAGUUGAUUAUCUAGGUUGUCGCCACAGUUCGUGGAUCACCGGCUAGUGAGGCAGACCUUGGGAAACAGGAUUGUUCGGAGAUGAGUUCGUAGGUAGAGAGGAAGAUGGAGAUUGUAGAGAAAAUUGUACAAAUAGUGCAGCUUUCUUGUGUUCAAUUAGAAGGUUCUUCUAGUCGUGUUACGCCAUAGAAUAAAAAUUUUAGUUUUUUCACUGAAACAUCUAAAGAAAUCUGUAAAAUACUCACCGACAUUGAAUAUAAACUCGUCCUCAAUUCUAAAA